GUCCCAAACAUUUUUCCAGCGCAAAACUCUGGAAUCUUCUACGACACAAUUCAUAUUUUUCCAAUUGGAACGUCUCAAGACUAGUCCUGCAAUUAGAUUGAGACAAAGUACGACACUUCCUUGGACAUUUGGGACAUUUGUGACAUACAAUUUUGCAUCCAAGUUCUUUUCGUGCUGAGAAAAUUCAGUAAAAACUCCGGGAAAAAUUGCAUGAAUCGUGCGUGAAAAGACUCCUAGAGGUGUGUUAGUGUACCCUCAUUGGCCGUUGCAAUGGAUUUCGCGUGAAUAACGUGGUAUUUUCAGUGAAAACUGCGUGAAAAAGGAGAUUUCUGUGGCAUCGCAGACUGUCAGAUUUUUUUUUGGCAGGUUCGUGCGGAGAAAAACAAGGGAAAAAAAAGUUUGGGAGUGAUUUUCGGUGGCAGUGAAAAAAGUACAUUUUCAGUGAGGUGCCGCGGGGAAAAUGUCGUCCGUGCCAGUGCCGAGGAUCCUCAAGAAGAAACACUUCCGGGUGAAGCACCAGAAGGUGAAGCUUUUCCGGGCAAAUGAGCCACUCGUCAGUGUUUUUAUGUGGGGAAUCAACAGCACGAUAAAUGAGCUGAGCCAUGUCAACAUCCCUGUUAUGCUGCUGCCAGAUGACUUUAGAGCCUACUCAAAGAUCAAAGUCGACAAUCACCUGUUCAACAAAGAAAAUAUGCCAUCCCACUUCAAAGUCAAAGAAUACUGUCCACUCGUCUUCCGGAAUCUGAGGGAGCGCUUCGGUGUGGACGACGUUGAUUACCGUGAAUCCCUCACGCGGUCACAGCCCCUGAAAAUUGACUCAUCCGGCAAGAGUGGCGCUCAAUUCUACAUGAGCUACGAUAAAUUGUUCAUUGUGAAGAGUCUCACAUCGGAGGAGGUUGAGCGGAUGCAUUCCUUCCUCAAGCACUACCAUCCGUAUGUCGUUGAACGGCAUGGGAAUGUCCUUCUACCGCAGUAUUUGGGAAUGUAUCGUCUCACAGUGGAUGGUGUUCAGUCAUAUUUUGUCGUGAUGCGGAAUGUUUUUAGCUCCCACCUGCGUGUACAUCGCAAAUUUGACCUAAAAGGUAGCACAGUUGAGCGUGAGGCGUCUGACAAGGAGUUGGAGAAGCAACUGCCGACCCUCAAGGAUAAUGAUUUCAUCAAGUCCGGCAUUAAAAUUGCAAUUGGGGAUGAAGCCAAAGAGAAACUCCUCGCCACACUCAAUGCCGAUGUUGAUUUCCUUACAAAAUUGCACCUCAUGGAUUAUUCCCUGCUGCUGGGUAUCCAUGAUUGCAAUCGUGCCGAGGAGGAUUUGGCCAAUGAGGGCCUGCAGGGGGGUGCAAGGGGUGAGACGAGUGACAGCGAGGAGUGCGACAGUGGCGAGCGAUUCAACUACAACACACCACCAGACUCACCGAGGUACAUUGGCCCGGGACAGUACAAUGAGAUCAUCCCUGAAAUUGAUAUCUAUGCCAUCUCGAGUCUACCCGAGAAGCGGGAGAUCUACUUUAUUGCAAUUAUUGACGUUCUCACGCACUAUGGCGUGAAGAAGCAAGCAGCCAAAGCAGCAAAGACAGUCAAGUAUGGGAGCAAUGUGGAUGGAAUUUCAACUUGCGACCCUGAACAGUAUGCCAAACGAUUUAUCGACUUUAUUGAUAAGGCAAUUGAGUAGAGUAUUUUGCCUAAUUUUACAAGCACACGAUGCGUGCGAUAAAAAAAAAACACAAACAAGAAAAGUUGAAGAAAUUGAGCAGGAAGAAGUGAAGAAAAAAAGUUAAUUGAGAUUACAAAAAAAAACAACAACUUUUAAUGGAAAGAACGUAAAUUUUUCUCAAAGUUUCUUUAUCUCAAAUUUAUAACAAAAAAAAAUUAAACAAAUAAAUUUCUUUUUCAGGAUACCAAAAUUAUUAAUUAAUAUAUUGAAAAAAAAUUAAUGAAUAUUUUUAAAAGAAAAAAAAAACUUUAAACACUCCUCUUAAACACUCUUUAAACUUCUCGAGAUUUUUACUUUUUAAUUAAUUCUUCUCUCUCACAAACACCCAACUUUAAAAGUUAAAAAAAACAAGUUUAAUAAAUUAAUAAUAAAAGAAAGUAAACUCUGUGCAAUCUUGAGAAAAGAAGAAAACUAAACAAAUUAAUUAAACAAAUGCUCGACGCGGAUUUUCAAGCAGGUGUUAAUUACAUAUAUAGAUUUAAUAAAAAUAAAGAGAAAGUGAAAAAAUGGUAAGAAAUAUGAAAUCAACAGAGAUUUAUAAAGGAGAAAAUUAAAGAAGAAAAAAAAAAUAUCUCAGAAAGUAUCAAAAGAAAAGUCUGGAGAAAUAAAACUCCUUGAUGUUUUUAGGGGGUGAAGCGUGUGCGAUUUUAAAUGUAAUUGAAAAAUAAAAAUACUUUAAGACAUUCAAUGCAAAGCAUUUUUUGCAUUUUCUACUCUUUUUUUCGUUGUCCUUUAAAAAAAAAACAAAAAAGAAAAUAUUCACAGCUGCUGGGAAAAUUCUUGCAUUUUGCAGAAAACAUAUUCACCAGAAUAAACAACAAUUUUUCCUAUAAUAAACAAUGUGUGAACAAUAAUUUUACUAUUUCAGUAAAGAUACAAAAAGAAGCAAAAGAAAAAAAACUGAUAAGUAUUUAGAAGGUAGAUGAAGAAAAAAUUAAAAUAUUAUAUCUAAUAAAAA